AUGUACAACGUCCAGGGUCUAUCAUCAAAAUUAGCUGAAGUACAAUACUUAUUGGAUCUAAAACAUCCCACCGUUCUGGUUUAUGUUGAAACUGGUAAUACCCCAUUGAAAUUAUUACCAUCUUAUUUUCCCCCAUACCGUCGAUAUUUUACAGCUGGUACAAAUGCGCAUGGAGGUGUUUUAAUAUUAGUACACACGUCUGUACCAUCAAAAUCAGUCCAUACAGAACCUAAUAUUUUAGAUGUUGAAGUCUCAUUACGAUGUUGUCGCUUAAAUCUAGAUUCAUUAUGUUCAAUAUUACCAUUGGUUCCCAUGCAUCUUGUUCCCUUACCGAAUCUGACUGGUUUUGUUUUCUGUAUCGGUGGCGGAUUCGGUAUUGAACAAAAAUGUGCUGACGGUGCCUACUAUGACCCAAUCAAGAAGGAAUGUAAUGAUAGCAUUACCAACGUGGCUUCUGUAAAUAGUCCGUGCUCAUCAUCACCGUGCAAUGGUGGAAAUUGUGUCAAUAUUUUUGCUGCCUCAACAUAUUAUUGUGUGUGCCACAAUGGACUUUAUACUCGUCAUUGUGAACAUAAGCAUUCUUAUUGUGAAGAUCUGCGGGAUUGUGGAAGAGGACACUCCGAAUGGGAAAUAUCCAAAGGCUGUCAACUCUUUGAUCCUGAUAAAGAUGCGCUAAAGUACAUAUGCUUUUGCCGACCUCCAAAGUCAUCGAGUAGAACUGUGGAACAAUUCUGGUACGGCUUAAGUUGUAUGGAAACAAUAUUCGAAGCUCCAUGUGCAACGGCAAUUGAUGGAGAAAAAUUUCCAUUACGUCAUACUGAUAAAGGAUAUCUUCGAUGUCUGGAUAAUGGCACUUCUGCUUCAUUUGAAUCAUGCCUGAUCGAUUAUGUUUGGAAUGAUGCAAAAAAGACUUGUGUAUCGAAUAAAGGUCAGUAG